UGAGGCGGCCGAGAUGCUUGUGCGCGCAGCGCGCCCCACUGCAUCCUCGACCUUCUCCGGCUACAGGGACCGUAAGUGGCGACUAUGGGCAGCCUGGGCUACUGGCCCCUGCUGGUACUGCCGGCCCUUUUGGUCUGGCGCGGUCCGGCGCAAGGCGCGGCGGCGGAGAAGGGCCCUCCCGCGCUGAACAUUGCAGUGCUGCUGGGGCACAGCCACGACGUGACGGAGCGCGAACUUCGAAACCUGUGGGGCCCCGAGCAGUCCACGGGGCUGCCCAUGGACGUGAACGUGGUGGCGAUGCUGAUGAACCGCACCGACCCCAAGAGCCUCAUCACCCACGUGUGCGACCUCAUGUCCGGAGCGCGCAUCCACGGUCUAGUGUUUGGAGACGACACUGACCAGGAAGCCGUGGCUCAGAUGCUGGAUUUUAUCUCCUCGCAGACCUUCGUCCCCAUCUUGGGUAUCCACGGGGGCGCAUCGAUGAUCAUGGCUGACAAGGAUCCGACAUCCACCUUUUUCCAGUUUGGAGCAUCCAUCCAGCAGCAGGCCACUGUCAUGCUGAAGAUCAUGCAAGAUUACGACUGGCAUGUCUUCACACUGGUGACCACCAUCUUCCCUGGAUACAGGGACUUCAUUGGCUUCGUCAAGACCACCGUGGACAACAGCUUUGUGGGCUGGGACAUGCAGAAUGUGAUCACCCUGGACACCUCCUUCGAGGAUGCAAAGACCCAGGUGCAGCUGAAGAAGAUCCACUCCUCCGUCAUCUUGCUCUACUGCUCCAAAGACGAGGCUGUCCUCAUCCUGAGUGAGGCUCGCUCCCUCGGCCUCACUGGCUAUGACUUCUUCUGGAUUGUUCCAAGUUUGGUCUCUGGAAACACAGAGCUCAUCCCCAAAGAGUUUCCAUCAGGACUGAUUUCAGUCUCGUAUGAUGACUGGGACUACAGUCUGGAGGCGAGAGUGAAGGAUGGUCUGGGUAUCCUAACCACUGCCGCGUCGUCCAUGCUGGAGAAGUUCUCCUACAUUCCCGAGGCUAAGGCCAGCUGCUAUGGGCAGACGGAGAAGCCAGAGGCCCCGCUCCACACUUUGCACCAAUUUAUGGUCAAUGUGACGUGGGACGGCAAAGACUUGUCCUUCACUGAGGAAGGCUAUCAGGUGCACCCCAGGCUCGUGGUGAUUGUGCUGAACAGAGACCGAGAGUGGGAAAAGGUGGGCAAGUGGGAGAACCAGACGCUGAGCCUGAGGCAUGCUGUGUGGCCGAGAUACAAGUCCUUUUCUGACUGUGAGCCCGACGACAACCAUCUGAGCAUUGUCACCCUGGAGGAAGCGCCCUUUGUCAUCGUGGAGGACAUAGACCCACUGACCGAGACGUGUGUGAGGAACACUGUGCCCUGCCGGAAGUUUGUUAAAAUCAACAAUUCAACCAAUGAGGGGAUGAACGUCAAGAAGUGCUGCAAGGGUUUCUGUAUUGACAUCCUAAAAAAGCUGUCCAGGACUGUGAAGUUCACCUAUGACCUCUACCUGGUGACCAACGGGAAGCAUGGCAAGAAAGUGAACAACGUGUGGAAUGGAAUGAUUGGUGAAGUGGUCUAUCAGAGAGCAGUCAUGGCGGUGGGCUCACUCACCAUCAACGAGGAGCGUUCUGAAGUGGUGGACUUCUCAGUGCCCUUUGUGGAGACAGGAAUCAGCGUCAUGGUUUCGAGGAGCAAUGGCACCGUUUCACCCUCUGCUUUCCUAGAGCCAUUCAGCGCCUCCGUGUGGGUCAUGAUGUUUGUGAUGCUGCUCAUCGUUUCUGCCAUAGCUGUCUUCGUCUUUGAGUACUUCAGCCCUGUGGGAUACAACAGAAACUUAGCCAAAGGGAAAGCACCCCACGGACCUUCCUUCACCAUCGGGAAAGCGAUCUGGCUUCUCUGGGGCCUGGUGUUCAACAACUCCGUGCCCGUUCAGAAUCCUAAAGGCACAACCAGCAAGAUCAUGGUGUCCGUGUGGGCUUUCUUUGCCGUCAUCUUCCUGGCCAGCUACACGGCCAACCUGGCUGCUUUCAUGAUCCAGGAAGAGUUUGUGGACCAAGUGACUGGCCUCAGUGACAAAAAGUUCCAGAAACCACAUGACCACUCCCCUCCUUUUCGCUUCGGGACAGUGCCUAAUGGAAGCACGGAGAGAAACAUCCGUAACAACUACCCGUACAUGCAUCAGUACAUGACCAAGUUUAAUCAGAAGGGUGUAGAGGACGCCUUGGUCAGCUUGAAGACAGGGAAGCUGGACGCUUUCAUCUAUGAUGCAGCAGUCUUGAAUUACAAGGCCGGGAGGGAUGAAGGCUGCAAGCUGGUGACCAUUGGGAGUGGAUACAUCUUUGCCACCACUGGCUAUGGAAUUGCUCUCCAGAAGGGCUCGCCUUGGAAGAGGCAGAUUGACCUGGCUCUGCUCCAGUUUGUGGGUGAUGGUGAGAUGGAGGAGCUGGAGACGCUGUGGCUCACGGGCAUCUGCCACAAUGAGAAGAAUGAGGUGAUGAGCAGCCAGCUGGACAUCGACAACAUGGCGGGUGUGUUCUACAUGCUGGCGGCGGCCAUGGCUCUCAGCCUCAUCACCUUCAUCUGGGAGCACCUCUUCUACUGGAAAUUGCGUUUCUGCUUCACGGGCGUGUGCUCCGACCGGCCGGGGCUGCUCUUCUCCAUCAGCAGGGGCAUCUACAGCUGCAUUCAUGGGGUCCACAUUGAAGAAAAGAAGAAGUCUCCAGAUUUCAACCUGACUGGGUCCCAGAGCAACAUGAUAAAGCUUCUUCGGUCAGCCAAGAACAUCUCCAACAUGUCCAACAUGAACUCCUCACGAAUGGACUCGCCCAAAAGAGCAACUGACUACAUCCAAAGAGGAUCGCUCAUCGUGGACAUGGUUUCCGACAAGGGGAAUUUGAUAUACUCAGACAACAGGUCCUUCCAGGGAAAGGAGAGCAUUUUUGGGGACAACAUGAAUGAACUCCAAACAUUUGUAGCCAACAGGCACAAAGAUAACCUCAGUAACUAUGUGUUCCAAGGACAGCACCCGCUCACGCUCAAUGAGACCAACCCUAACACCGUGGAGGUGGCUGUGAGCAGUGAAUCCAAAGGGAACUCGCGGCCCCGGCAGCUCUGGAAGAAAUCCAUGGAGUCUCUACGCCAAGAUUCUCUGAGCCAGAACCUCAUCUCCCAGAGGGAAGAGGCCUCUGUGGAGAACAGGUCCCACUCCCUAAAGAGCCCCAGGUAUCUUCCAGAGGAAGUGGCCCACUCUGACAUUUCAGAAGCCUCCAGCAGGGCCACGUGUUACAGGGAACCCAACAAUAAUAAGAACCACAAAACCAAGGAUAACUUCAAAAGGUCCAUGGCCUCCAAAUACCCCAAGGACUGUAGUGAGGUCGAACGUACUUACCUGAAAACCAAAGCGAGCUCUCCCAGGGAUAAGAUCUACACCAUCGAUGGUGAAAAGGAGCCCACGUUUCACUUAACCCCUCCCCAGCUGGUUGAGAACAUAGCCCUCCCUGAGAACGUGAGCUUCUCGGAUGCCUACCAGGAACAUAACGACAGCUUCCGCAAGGGGGACUCCACGCUGCCCAUCAACCGGAACCCACUACGCAAUGAAGACGGGCUCCCCAACAAUGACCAGUAUAAACUCUACGCCAAGCACUUCACCUUGAAAGACAAGGGUUCCCCCCACAGCGAGGGUAGUGACCGCUACAGGCAUAACUCCACGCACUGCAGGAGCUGCCUUUCCAACCUGCCCACCUAUUCAGGCCACUUCACCAUGAGGUCCCCUUUUAAGUGUGAUGCCUGCCUGCGGAUGGGGAACCUCUAUGACAUUGAUGAAGACCAGAUGCUUCAGGAGACAGGGAACCCGGCUCCCCAGGAGGAGGUUUACCAGCAGGACUGGGCACAGAACAACGCCCUCCAGUUGCAGAAGAACAAAUUAAGGAUUAGCCGACAGCAUUCUUACGAUAACAUUCUUGACAAGCCCAGGGAGAUAGACCUUACCAGGCCCUCCCGGAGCAUAAGUCUCAAGGACAGGGAGCGGCUACUGGAGGGCAACUUAUACGGGAGCCUGUUCAGUGUCCCCGCGAGCAAACUCUUGGGCAACAAAAGCUCUCUUUUCCCCCAAGGUCUGGAAGACAGUAAGAGAAGCAAGUCUCUCUUGCCAGACCACACCUCUGAUAACCCUUUCCUCCACUCCUAUGGGGAUGACCAGCGCUUGGUUAUUGGGAGAUGUCCCUCGGACCCUUACAAACACACGUUGCCAUCACAGGCGGUGAAUGACGGCUAUCUUCGAUCGUCUUUGAGAUCAACGGCAUCGUAUUGCUCCAGGGACAGUAGGGGCCACAGUGAUGUGUAUAUUUCAGAGCAUGUUAUGCCUUAUGCUGCGAAUAAGAAUAAUAUGUACUCUACCCCCAGGGUUUUAAAUUCCUGCAGCAAUAGACGCGUGUACAAGAAAAUGCCUAGUAUCGAAUCUGAUGUUUAAAAAAAAAAAAAAAUCUUCCAUUAAUGUUUUAUCUAUAG